AUUUAUUUUCUCUUUUUCCUUUUCUUUUGCUUUACUUAAUUGUAAUUUAAUAAGACAAACAAGUUGUAGACAUUAGGUAAGCAAUUUAUUUCUUAAGCGUGCCGGAAAUGCAAGUAACAGAAUACUGACCUGCAGGCACUAAUUGGGCAAUUCUUUCCAAAGAAUUAAAAAUGCAAUACUUGCAUUAAUAUUGUAAAACUUAGUAUAAUUAAUUGAAUUGUAAAAAUAAAUUUUCAGUCUAAAACUGGAGUCCAAUAAAGCGGUGCAUUAGCUCCGAUCUUUUUUUAAAAACUCAAUUCGACUUUCGAAUUAAAAACUGGCGCCCGAGCAGGGACCAGUCGCGAAAAAGUGUAAAGUGUUUAAAAGUGUCUGUGAAAGGAAGAAAUUAAAAGUUGACUUCCCAACGGCACCAACCCUACUUUCCGACUGGUCAUCAGGAUUUCCAGCAGACUCAGGCUCUCUUGUGUUCGUCCGGAGACCACCUCGCAUAGAAGUGUUGCAGCAGGAGCCGCAGUAGGUCUAACCGACCAAAAAGGAAUACAUCCGUGCAGCCAGCGAGGGAAGAGUAGUUCAAUGCUACUCCUACUAUUAAUAAUACCACUCGCCACAGGCGAGUUCCGUAUCCUCGAUUAUACAAACUCACAACUUGCAACCUUUAAUACAGGAUGGACCAAAAUCCAAAAUGGCACCUACAAAAUUAUACAUACAAUAGACACGGACGAAUACCAAAGGACUUUGAACGAACUCAACUCCACGAUAAGACACAAAAUAACUCCCGACAAUUCCUUACUCCCCUUCUUGCUCCAUGAAAUGUCCGAAAUACAAAGUUUCCUAAGUAGAUUAAAGCCAAAGGUAAACAAGAGAUCCAUAAACGCAAUUGGUACCGCCUGGAAAUGGCUCACAGGGAGCCCGGAUCACGAAGAUCUCGUUAUGUUAGAAAAUCAUAUUAACAAUUUACUUGAAAAUAACAAUAACCAAUUAAUAAUAAAUAGAGCAAUGAGCGGAAGAAUAAAUAAUAUAACGGAAGUGUCAAAUAAAAUAUUUAAAAUAUUAAAAGAUAAGGAAGAUGUUCAGCAUGAUAUGGCUGUAAACAUUAAAUUUAAGCUACAAUUAAUAAAAGAUGAAAUCAUAAAUAUCAAUUAUGCAAUACAUUGGGCCAAAGUUGGCAUUGUAAAUUCAUAUAUAUUUUCUAACGUUGAAAUGAAACUAAUAAAAGAAAUUAUUGAGAAAAAUAAUAUUCCCUUCACUAAUAUAGAAGAGGCAUUUGAAUUCAGUAACGUUAAGAUAGCCUCUAGUAAUUCUAAGAUUGUAUACUUAAUUGAAAUCCCAAUAACUGACAACAAUUUAUGUGAAUCCCUAUUAAUAAAAGCAAUAAAGAAAGGUAAUAGAUUAUAUAAAAUACCAUUUGAAAAAAUUAUAAGAUGUCAAAAUAAAAUCUUUGGAAAGAAAAGCAACUGUAAAGAACAUAAUGAAAUUAAAAUUUGUACAAAGGAAAAUAUUGUAGACAUCAGUAACUCCACAUGCAUUCCUCAUCUACUCAAAAGCCGAUCGCCUAGCUGCAUUACGAUUAACAACCAACACAUUCCCACUGUCCUAGAAGUCCUCCCAGGAAUAAUACUUUUAAAUCGAUUUAACGACACCGUUCACAUCGACAAGGAGAAGAUUAACUUAACUGGAUCAUUCGCAAUCCAGUACCACAACUCCACCAUUAUAAUAAACAACCAAACAUUUCUGUCUAAAGAAAUCUCCAGCGGAAAACCCCUUCCUGCAGUUCUACAACCAAAUGCAACACUUACGGCCGAAGAAGAAUUACUAAGCCUGGAAAUGAUGAAAGAACUUCACCUAAAAAACAUAAACUAUAUCGAGACUCUAAAAAUAAAGGAUUAA